AUGAGGCUCAACAUCUUCUUCUAUCUGGUUGCAAUCCUGAGCACACAAGUAGCUGCCGAUGAAGCGCUUUCAGAUGAUGAUGACCUACGGCCUUCCAUCUGGUGUUCGGCAGCGUUUCUCUACCCCAGCCAAGACCGUCCGGGCAUCAAAGACGCCCUAAAGAACGUGUUUCACGGAUUCUGCGGGUUGAAAGGCUACGAAGUCUCUACCGACAUUGAGCUCGAUCAGUGUUUGAAUAACGUGGAUGGACAGGUGCGGUGGAAGGAGAAGAGGCGCAGCUGGUGGAAAUACCUCUACCCCAGCCCACCCAAGAUGGCUUCUAACCCCCCCUACCUUUCAUCCAUCUUCUCAACUUCCGCACCCCCCGAGCAUCCGCAAUCAUUCCAACAAUCACAACCUCCUCCUCAACACCCUGCCAUUUCACACCAGCAACAACUCCAACUGCAACAACAGCAACACCAACACCAACAUCAACAUCAACAGCAACAAGUUGCUUCGCCUCAGCAAACCCAACCGAAGCAGAAGCAACCACGUAAGCCUCGUCAGCCAAGGAAACAAGCUCAACAGCAACAACAGCAACAGCAGGUCCAGCAACAACACCAACAACACCAACAACACCAGCAACACCAACAACACCAACAACACCAACAACACCAACAACAACAGGCAGCCCCUCAACAGCAGCAGCAACAAUUGGUAGGAAUUGACGCUCAACGUUUUGCUCAACUCCAAGCCGAGGUUGGUCAACUUCACCAGCUAGUUCAAGGUAUCAUUCAUCGCCUCGAUGCCUACGGUGUCCCAUCCCUGCCAGGCGGACAUCAUGCACCCCUUCUUCUUCCACAACAGCACGCCGUCCCGGUCUCUGCUGGCGGGACUUCCACCCUAGGAGGGGCCGCCACUGCAAACUCAGCAGCAGCAGCGGCAGCCAACAGCAACACAAUCAACUUUAAUUCUCUUCUACAAGCCAGUACAUCCCACGAUGUUGGUGGCGGUGGUGGUGGUGGUGAAAGUAGCGCUGCUACCGGCGUCGGCGGCGUAAGUGGUCUCGUCAACGGCGAUCAUGGUCACCAUCAUGAUGACGGCUCCGGCGGCGGCGGCGGUAACGUGGUCACCCACCACCAAGACGACGGCGGCAUGGGUGAUGAUAACAACAACGUAGACGACGAUGACGACGAAGAAUCCCGCCAACUCCAGCUCCUGUCCGCAAACCUAGUAGGCGACCAAUCCCUCGGCGGUCCCUCGGUCUCCUGGGGGGACGCUGGCGGCGCCUCUUCUGGAUCAGGAGCAGGAGCAGCAGGAUUCGACAUGGCCUACCCUCCUCAGGGGCACAUCUUCCACAUCCAACUCUCGACGUCCGCAGGCGGCAAGAACUACGUCGGUGGCGGUCCCAACGGCGCCUCGGUCGUCGUCAACAACUGGACGCGCCAGCACGGUUAUCGCGUCAUCACGCGCCGGUCCAAGAUCAAAAACGACCGGUACCACCUGACCAUGUCAUGCGCGCUGAGCGGAAACAAGUACCGACCGGUGCCCGGCCCCACACAGGAGCAGAUUGAGGAGGCGAGAAGGAACGGGCAGAGGAAGCCGUAUCAGCGCAGGAUCGGGACGGAUAAGUGUAACUGCCCGUUUAGGUUCGUGCUGCGCGAGACGGCCAAGCAUAGCUCGACGUUUGAGGUCCGCUGGACGAUGGUGGGACCCGAUCAGCAGCCUGCGAUGCAUAAUCAUGGACCGGAUCCGAAGGCGUUGGCGGGCGAUGAGUAG